AUGUCUAUCAUCACUCCCACAGGUCCAAUUGCUCCUCCCAUGGACGCUACUGGUGACCGUCUUGUGACUUUGGAGCUGCAAGACGGCACUGCGGUGCAAGGUUAUUCCUUUGGUGCCAAGAAGCCUGCUGCUGGUGAACUUGUUUUCCAGACUGGUAUGGUUGGUUACCCAGAAUCUGUCACCGACCCUUCCUAUGAGGGUCAAAUCUUGGUCAUUACCUUCCCACUAGUUGGCAACUACGGUGUCCCCGACCGGAAUUUGCCAGAUGAACUUGUGGAAUCUUUACCUAGAUAUUUCGAGAGCUCCAGAAUCCACAUUGCCGGUCUAGUUGUAGCCCAUUAUACCGAGGACUACUCUCACUGGCUCGCUCAAUCUUCUUUGGCAACAUGGUUGAAAGAACAAGGUAUUCCUGCUGUCUACGGUGUCGACACCAGAGCUCUAACUAAGCACUUGAGAGACAGUGGUUCCAUGUUGGGUAGAUUAGCACUUCAAAAGGAUGGCUCUGAGUUUUCUCGCGCAACAUCUGCCGAAUGGAUCGACUCGUUCGAAGUACCUGAAUGGUACGACCCUAAUGCCCAAAACUUAGUUGCCAAAGUUUCUACCAAGAGCCCUCAAUUGUACACUCCUCCCUCCAACUUCGACUCCGCUAAGUUACAAACUGGACCUGACGGAAAAACUUUAAGAAUUCUGGCCAUCGACGUUGGUAUGAAAUACAAUCAAAUCCGCUGUUUUGUCAAGCGCGGUGUUGAGUUGUUGGUUGUGCCAUGGGAUUACGACUUCACCAAUGAAGAAUACGACGGUCUCUUCAUUUCUAACGGUCCCGGUGAUCCCUCUGUACUCACUGAAUUGAAUGUGAGAUUGGCCAAGGUCUUAGAAGCCAAAAAGACUCCAGUAUUUGGUAUUUGUCUAGGCCAUCAGCUUUUGGCUAGAGCAACAGGUGCAUCUACCUUGAAACUGAAAUUUGGUAACAGAGGCCAUAACAUUCCAUGUACCUCUACCAUUUCUGGUAAAUGUUAUAUUACUUCCCAAAAUCACGGGUUUGCCGUUGAUGUCGAUACUUUGACGUCGGGCUGGAAACCAUUAUUUGUAAAUGCAAAUGAUGGUUCAAAUGAAGGUAUAUAUCAUACUGAAAUGCCUUACUUCUCUGUUCAAUUCCACCCUGAAUCAACCCCAGGUCCAAGAGACACUGAAUUUUUGUUUGAUGUCUUUAUCAAGGCCGUCAGAGACUUCAAACUUUUGGGGGAAUUCAAAGCCGUUGAAUUUCCAGGUGGUUUGCUUGCCGACAACUUAGCAGCCCACCCCAGGAUUGAUGCAAAGAAGGUUCUGGUUUUGGGCUCCGGUGGUCUAUCUAUCGGUCAAGCUGGUGAGUUUGACUAUUCAGGAUCGCAAGCUAUUAAGGCUUUGAAAGAAGAAGGGAUUUACACAAUCUUGGUUAAUCCAAAUAUUGCUACAAUCCAAACAUCCAAAGGAUUGGCCGAUAAAGUCUACUUUUUGCCUGUCACUGCCGAGUUUGUAAGAAAGGUCAUCUUACAUGAACGUCCAGACGCUAUAUACGUCACUUUCGGUGGUCAAACCGCCUUGUCGGUGGGUAUCGAAAUGAAAGAUGAGUUUGCAGCUUUGGGUGUUAAAGUUUUGGGUACUCCCAUUGAUACAGUCAUCACAACCGAAGAUCGUGAACUGUUUGCAAACGCUAUGGAUGAAAUAAAUGAAAAGUGCGCAAAGUCUAAGGCUGCUUCCUCAGUUGAAGAAGCUGUGGAUGCUAUUAAGGAGAUCGGAUUUCCUGUUAUUGUACGUGCUGCUUACGCUCUAGGCGGUUUAGGUUCAGGCUUUGCCAAUAACGAGAAGGAACUUGUUGACCUGUGCAACGUCGCCUUUGCUUCUUCUCCUCAAGUCUUAGUAGAAAGGUCAAUGAAAGGAUGGAAAGAAGUUGAAUACGAGGUUGUGAGAGACGCUUUUGACAACUGUAUCACAGUAUGUAACAUGGAAAACUUCGAUCCGCUCGGUAUACAUACUGGUGACUCCAUUGUUGUCGCACCAUCUCAAACUUUGUCCGACGAGGAUUACAACAUGUUGAGGACCACCGCUGUCAACGUCAUCAGACAUUUGGGAGUUGUUGGUGAAUGCAACAUCCAAUACGCACUCAAUCCUUUCAGCAAAGAAUAUUGCAUCAUCGAAGUGAAUGCGCGUUUGUCUCGUUCUUCGGCUCUUGCGUCAAAAGCUACUGGUUAUCCCUUGGCCUAUACAGCAGCAAAGUUAGGUCUGAACAUUCCAUUGAAUGAGGUCAAAAAUUCCGUAACUCAAUCCACCUGCGCAUGCUUUGAACCAUCGUUAGAUUACUGUGUGGUCAAAAUGCCAAGAUGGGAUUUGAAGAAGUUCCACAGAGUUUCUACUGCAUUGUCUUCUUCUAUGAAAUCUGUUGGUGAAGUUAUGAGCGUUGGCAGAACGUUUGAAGAGGCCAUCCUGAAAGCCAUCAGAUCAACCGAGUAUGUCAACUUAGGAUUCAAUGAGACUGAUCUCGACGUGGACAUUGACUACGAACUAUCUCAUCCCACCGACGAACGUAUUUUUGCAAUCGCAAACGCUUUCAGCAAAUUAAAUUAUAGCAUUGAAAAGGUGUGGAAAUUGAGUAACAUCGAUAAAUGGUUCUUGACAAAACUUCACGACCUUAUCAAGUUUUCGAAAAAGAUUGAAGGCUACGGAAAGAAGGAGAACUUGCCGGCUUUGGUGUUAAGGCAAGCUAAACAAUUAGGAUUCGAUGACAGACAAAUUGCCAAGUUUUUAAACUCUAAUGAAGUAGCAAUUCGUCGUUUGAGAAAGGACUUCAACAUCACUCCGUUCGUUAAGCAAAUCGAUACCGUAGCUGCGGAGUUCCCAGCCCACACCAACUAUCUUUACAUGACAUACAACGCCGCAUCUCACGACUUGACUUUCAACGAUCACGGUGUGAUGGUCUUGGGAUCUGGUGUGUACCGUAUCGGAUCUUCUGUUGAAUUUGAUUGGUGUGCUGUCACAGCCGUCCGCACCCUAAGAAAAAACAACAUUAAGUCGAUCAUGGUCAAUUACAAUCCAGAAACUGUCUCCACCGACUACGAUGAAGCUGACAGAUUGUAUUUCGAGAACAUCUGCUUGGAGAGAAUCCUUGAUAUCUAUGAAAUUGAAACCUCAAGCGGUGUAGUUGUGUCCAUGGGCGGUCAAACAUCCAAUAACAUUGCGAUGUCCUUGCACCGCGAGAACGUCAAAAUUUUGGGUACUACACCUGAGAUGAUUGAUGGUGCCGAGAAUCGGUAUAAAUUUUCUCGUAUGUUGGAUCAAAUUGAAGUCGACCAACCUGCUUGGAAGGAAUUGACAUCAAUUGAUGAGGCCGAGGCUUUUGCUGAAGCUGUCAGCUACCCCGUGUUGGUCCGUCCAUCUUACGUUUUGUCCGGUGCUGCCAUGAACACUGUGUACUCAAAGGAUGAUCUUGCUUCGUACUUGAAUCAGGCUGUCGAAGUCUCUCGUGAAUAUCCCGUUGUCAUUACAAAGUACAUUGAAAAUGCCAAAGAAAUCGAAAUGGAUGCUGUGGCGAAGGAUGGCGAACUAGUUAUGCACGUCGUUUCUGAGCACGUUGAAAAUGCAGGCGUCCACUCUGGUGACGCUACCUUGAUUGUGCCGCCUCAAGAUUUGGACCCAGAAACCGUCGACAGGAUUGUUGUUGCUACCGCCAAAAUUGGUAAAGCCUUGAAGAUUACGGGCCCUUUCAACAUCCAGUUCAUUGCCAAGAACAACGAAAUCAAGGUCAUUGAAUGUAACGUUCGUGCCUCACGUUCCUUCCCUUUCAUUUCGAAGGUCGUAGGUGUUAACUUAAUUGAGAUGGCAACAAAAGCUAUUAUGGGUCUACCUGUAACUCCUUACCCAACAGGAAAACUGCCUGAAGAUUAUGUUGCUGUCAAGGUUCCUCAGUUUUCUUUCCCUCGCUUGGCCGGUGCCGAUCCUGUUCUGGGUGUUGAAAUGGCGUCCACCGGUGAGGUUGCCACAUUUGGUCACUCGAAAUAUGAGGCUUAUAUGAAGUCGCUUCUGUCUACCGGUUUCAAAAUGCCAAAGAAAAAUGUUCUUCUUUCGAUUGGUUCCUAUAAAGAGAAGCAAGAGAUGCUGUCUUCAGUCAAAAAGUUGUACAACAUGGGUUACAAGCUUUUCGCUACAGCUGGUACAGCUGACUUUAUUUCAGAACAUGGAAUUCCUGUUCAAUACCUGGAAGUCUUAAACGAGGGCGAUGAUGAAAAGUCUGAAUAUUCUUUGACCCAGCAUUUGGCCAACAACAAGAUUGACCUUUACAUCAAUUUGCCAUCUGCAAACAGAUUCCGCCGUCCGGCUUCUUACGUCUCGAAGGGUUACCAAACUCGUCGUAUGGCCGUAGACUACUCUGUGCCUCUAGUGACAAAUGUCAAGUGCGCUAAGUUGUUGAUUGAGGCUAUAUCGAGAGACUUGAAAUUGGAUGUCAGCGAGCGUGACGCCCAGACAUCACACAGAACUGUUUCUAUUCCUGGCCUAAUUAACAUCUCUGCUUAUAUGCCUAACAUUUCCAAUGUUGUUCAAGGACCUAGUGAGAUGAAGGAAAUUACAAGGCUUUCUGUGGAAUCCGGCUUCACCUACUCGCAGAUUAUGCCCAAAUCAACAAAGGGUCCAGUGAUCACUAACGAGCAAUCCAUUAAAGUCGCCAAAUCUGUUGUUCAAGAGUCAGCCUACACUGAUUUUGGCUUUACUGUAGCUGCUACCGCCCACAACGUCGCCGAAGUAGCACAGUGCGCAAAUGAGGCGAAUGCGCUAUUUUUGCCUCAUCGUGAACUAACUGGUAAAGUCUCGAUAGUAGCCGAACAUUUGAAGAACUGGCCGUUAGAGAAGCAAGUCAUUGCUGAAGCUAAAACUUCUGAUCUAGCGUCUGUUAUUUUACUGUCCUCUUUGCAGAAUAGAGCUAUUCACAUAACAGGGGUGUCAAACAGAGACGAUUUGUCCCUGAUCAUGACCGUGAAAGAAAAGCAAGACAAAGUUACUUGCGAUAUUAACAUCCAUGCCUUGUUUGUUAGUCAAUCGGACUACCCUGAAGCUUCUUUCCUACCAACAGCCGAAGACCAGGAAUUUUUCUGGCGUAAUUUGGAUGCUAUUGAUGCAUUUUCGAUCGGAUCGCUGCCAACUAUGUUGGCCCAGGUUACGGGUAAUGAGAUUGUUACAGGUAUAGGUAUCAAGGAAGCCUUGCCACUGUUGCUGUCAGCAGUCAACAAGGGCAAGCUAACGAUAGAUGACAUUGUCGAGCGUUUGCACGAUAAUCCAGCCAGAAUCUUCAACAUUCCUGCACAAAAAACAGAAGUUGAGAUUGAUCUAGACUUUGCCUUUAGGCAUACUAAAAGAUGGUCUCCAUACACAAAGGGAGGAUUGACAGGUGGUGUCGAGCGUGUUUUGGUAAACGAGGAAACUAUUGUUCUAAGUGGUGAUUUGGUUGCGGCAGAAGCGCUAGGCAAGCCCGUCAUCAAUACUAAUGCCAAAUUGGUAACUUCCGUCGUCCCUCCAAGUGCAUCAGAAAUGACGCCAUUUGCCGGUAAUAGAAAGAGAUUUUCGUUUUCUAAUGAAAAGCGCUCUUCUUUUGCCAGUAUAGAUGAAGACGAGGAAGCUCUUCUUGAUCAACCUCUGGAGCAAAGAAUGAUGUCGUCAAGACCACCCAAGGAGCUCGCCGCCCCCGGUGCCAUUCAAAGCCUCAUAAGGGGCAACAACCCCUUUUUGCGCAGGAACAUUUUAUCAGUGAACCAAUUCAAGCGUUCUGAUUUCCACGCUCUCUUCGCCGUUGCUCAAGAAUUGAGAUCCGGUGUCGAAAGACAAGGUAUUCUGGAUAUCAUGAAGGGUCGCCUGUUAACGACUAUCUUCUAUGAACCUUCGACUCGUACUUCGUCUUCUUUUAUUGCUGCAAUGGAACGUCUAGGUGGUAGAACUGUCAACAUCAACACGACGUCAUCGUCUGUGAAAAAGGGCGAAACACUGCAGGACACUAUUAGAACUUUGGCCUGCUAUUCGGAUGCUAUUGUUAUGCGUCAUCCUGAUGAGAUGUCUGCUCAUACUGCGGCCAAAUACUCUCCGGUUCCAAUUUUGAAUGGUGGUAAUGGUUCUCGUGAGCACCCUACUCAAGCUUUCUUGGACUUGUUCACCAUUCGUGAGGAAUUAGGUACAGUAAACGGUAUCACCGUGACCUUCAUGGGUGACUUGAGAUACGGAAGACCUGUUCACUCCCUGUGCCGCUUGUUGAGACAUUACCAGGUUAGAAUUAACUUGGUAUCACCACGCGAGCUCAGAUUGCCCACAGCGUUGCGCACCGAACUAGCCAAUGCUGGUAUGCUGGGCACUGAAAGCGAAAGUCUGACUCCCGAGAUCAUUUCCAAAUCCGACGUUUUGUACUGUACCAGAGUCCAACAAGAGAGAUUCGAACACAAGGAAGAAUACGAAAGGUUAAAGGACGUUUACGUUGUUGACAACAAGAUUUUGGCUCACGCCAAGGACCAUAUGGUCGUCAUGCAUCCAUUGCCUCGUGUGAACGAAAUUCGUGAGGAGGUCGACUACGACCACCGUGCUGCUUAUUUCAGACAGAUGAGAUACGGGCUGUUUGUUAGAAUGGCUCUUUUGGCUAUGGUCAUGGGUGUGGAUCUAUAA